UUGGCCUUGGGUCGUCUUUUUGAAAUCAAUUUGAUUACUUAACCAUAGUCCAAAUGAUUAAUGAGAAAGGCUUGAAAUCCUCCCGAAUUUCCUCUCAUCUCAUAAUUAAUAAUUUAAUUUAUAAAAUCAAACUUUCCUAAAUUUUCCAUUUUUUUUGUUAGAUUUUUUCAAAUGAAUCAAUUAGUCACUGCUUAAUUACUAGCCCACUAAUCUCUCCACCCUUCUUUCAGCUCCUGUCCGAGAGAAGGUCAAGGGACUGACCAUUAAAUGUAGGGAAGGAAAUACACCAAAACCGCAUACACUAUACCUUUUGUAUGUCGUUUCUUUUCUUGUCGUCAUCUUCUUCCAGCUGCAUUCAUGGAAGGAGGAGCUGGUAUCAGAUACAGUAUUCCAGCCAAGAACCCUCACUUGGCUAGAUCCACUAGGCCAUUGACUGCUUUGGGGAGGUUUCUCUGUAGUCCAAAUGAUUUGUCACAGAAACAAAUAGAAAGAAGUGUGAGUCAAAUAGAGACAGUUGGUUUCCCAAAUGUGUUUGGUUUUCCUUCUUCUUCUUCUUCUUCUGCUUGUCCUGCUCCUGUUGGUGCAAUUGAUGGUUACCCAAGUGGAGUUUCAUCACAGACUCUUCAAGACAUUAGCUUUGUUGAUGGGUUGUUUCUGGAUGGUGGGUCCAUUAACAUGACUCAAGAGUGGAAUCAUAACAUGGGUUUGAGAGAAGUAACCUUGGAAGAGAAGAAUGAAGCCGAGUUGGGAAAGAAAGGGAAACGUGGUGCUUCUGCUAAUUGGAUUAAAGGGCAGUGGACAGAUGAAGAAGAUAGGCUUCUGGUUAGAUUGGUGAAGCAGUAUGGUGUAAGAAAAUGGGCUCAGAUUGCUCAGAAGUUGGGUGGACGGGUCGGAAAGCAGUGCCGCGAACGAUGGCAUAAUCACCUUCGUCCCAAUAUCAAGAAAGAUACAUGGAGCGAAGAAGAAGAGAGAGUGUUAGUUGAAUCCCAUAAGAAAGUUGGCAAUAAAUGGGCAGAAAUUGCAAAGCAAAUCAGUGGAAGAACAGAGAAUGCCAUCAAGAACCAUUGGAAUGCCACCAAAAGAAGGCAAAAUUCAAGGAGAAAGAUUAAAAAUGCAGUAUUCCAUGCAGGGAAAUCUCAUCCAUCUAUACUAGAAGACUACAUCAGAAGCAAGAUCAUGAAAGAUACUAACUGCAUCACCACCACCACCACCAUCACUCCAACCACUGGAUCAUCAGUCUCCAUAGUCCCAUCAAAACAAUGCAAUCUCAUACUUCCAGAGCCAACCAAAUUCUCACUAAAAGAUAUAUCUUCCACAAGUGAUAAUGAAUUGCUUUUCAUUCAACAGGUCUUUGAGGAAUCAUUGAAUGAUGAAGAGCUUGAAGAAUUUAUAAAUUUCAAUCCUCUGGAGUUGUGUGAGAUAGAGAACAACCAGCCAAUAAUUGAGAUGGGUCAAUAUGGAUUCUCUGCUACAAACAUAACCCCAAGAACUACCACUGUUGAAAAUGUUGAAAACACAAGCACAUCUCAAUAUCUGAGCUCAGAUCUCUACCUAUCUUAUCUGCUGAAUGGAGAAUCCACUUGUUCAUCCUCUGUUGCUGAGAAUUUCCAAUGUGAGUAUUCAAACAAUGAUCUGUUGCUGCUGCUGAAUACUGAUGAGUCUUCUUCAAAUGGUAAGAAAGAUAUUGAUUUGAUAGAGAUGGUCUCUUCUUCUCAGUAUAUGCCAAGAGCCAUUAAUGCUAUUGUUGAUGCUCUUGCUAGGAGGGCCUUGUCCUUAGCGAGUAGGACAGUUUGGCUGUUACCUGAUGCAUGUCUAUCGGAUGCUCAUAUACAGGAUGGCAGAAGUGUGUCUUGCUCUUCUGAAUAG